GGGAGAAUGGGGCGGCAUCCGGGCAGCGCCGACUGAGCGGCUUCUGGGGGCCGGGGCUGCGCCGCGCUGCGGGCGGCCGGGCUGGGGCGGGCGGGCGAGCGCCAUCCGGCAGCGGGCGGCGGCGGCGGGGGCGCCGCGCCGCGCCGGCGGGGGGCUGCGAGCCGCCGGCGGCGCCCGGCGAGGAGGGGUCGGCGGCGGCGGGCGGCGGCGGCGGCGGGCGGCGGCGGGGGCUGCCCAGGGAUUGUCUCGCUCGCUCCGCGGCAAGAAAGUUGGGCGGCGAGCGCGGCGGCGGCGGCGGCCCCCCCGCCGCGGUGCGCGGCGGCCGGAGCGGGGCCCCGGAGCGGCGCUGCCCCCGGGGAGGGGGCGCCGCGCCUGGAUUAUCCCGAGCUGGGUCGAGCCUCCUGGAUCUGCCUCUCUCUUCCGCGCCGAGUGAAUCCGAGGUGUCCUCGUCCUGAUCCAGAUAUAUUCCCCCCCCUCCUCUCUUUUUUUUUUUUUUUUCCCCUCCCCUCCUCUUCCCGUCUCUGCUUUUUUUGGGGGGUGGGGGGGGCGGGGGGUGGAAAUUUGUCAAGGUCAUUCCGUGGAUUUAAUAUUUUUUGUGUGUGUGUGCCGCUCGCCCCACCGCCACCGCCACCCAGCCUUGCUCUGUGGAUUAUCAUCGCCCUGGAUCCGAGGGUCUGAACAGCAGGAUUUUUUUUGUUGUUGUUGUUGAUUUUUUUUAAUUAUUAUUAUUUUUUAAGGGCUUCGGGGUUUGGAGAGGGGAAGCGGUGAGUUGGAGGGGGGCGACUUUUCUCUUCCCCCCCCGCGCCCCCACACCCCCACACCCCCCCCGCGCCCGGCCUUCUCUUUUUUUUUAAUUUUUAAUUAUUUUUAUUAUUAUUAUUAUUAUUUUUAAAUUGUUUUGAUUUGCUGCUUCUUCGGCAAUGGAUGGGAAAAUCCGGCAGAGCCGGAGGUCGAGGUCGCAGCGGGACCGCGUGCGGCGGCGGGAGGCGGCGGCCCGCGACCCGCGGAACCAGAGCCCUUCCUCGGGCUCCGAGAAGGAGCCGAGCCCCGGCAAGGAGAACGGCGGCCAGAACUGCACCGCCCCGCGGGGCCCGCCGCCCGCCGCCCGCGCCGCCCGGCCCCCGCGCCGCCGCCGCCGCGAGUCCAGCUCCCAGGAAGAGGACCUGAUCGAUGGCUUCGCCAUAGCCAGCUUCAACACCCUGGAAGCCCUGGAGAAGGACAUGUCGCUAAAGCCUCAGGAGCGGAAGGAGAAAUGGGAGAGGCAUCCAGGAAAGAAACCUAGAGAGUCUGAAAACUGUGUGUCUGCUGAGCCGAGUGAAAAUGGCCAUAAUAAUGAUGCUGGAAGCUCCGAGAGAGAGGCAGAAAGAGGCAAAGAACGGAUGAAGAAGAAACUCCCCUUGAAGCUAUCCAAACAGAUGAAGGUCCCUACAAGCAGAAGUGGCAGAAAUAGCGAGGAAGACAGCAUCAGGGAGGCCACAAGCUCUCAGCGGAGCAGCUCAAGGGACCGUCUCAGUGAUAGUUCUGCUCAAUCGCUUUCAGGAAGAGGCUACUCCUGUGACAGCGAGAGUGAUAUUGACGAUAAGACCGCAACGGAACAGGAGCUGACUCGUAUCAGGAGUGCCUUGAUAACAAGCAAGGCUUCUGUAGGCUCUGAAAAGCUGUUCUCCCCUGCAGCAAAUAAAGGUCCCACCUUGAAUGACAAGCCAGAAGCGAAAGCAGCCAAUGUCCCAAAGGUGUCUGGGCUAGAGCGGAGCCGGGAACUGAGCACCGACGUGCCCUUCGCCCUGCCUAUCCCCAGCCCCCAGCCAGUAGCUGCCGUUGUGACUUCUACUUCCUCAGCGCCCACGUCGAGCGCCAGAGCAAGCCCACUGUUGAAGAAGGAGCCAGUGAUUUCAGCACCAGCACCACCAAGGCUCACGCCUCAGCCGCAGCCUCGGCCACAGUCACAACCUCAACCUCGGCCGCAGUCGCAGCCUCAGUUAAUACCCGAGCUUCGGACCCAGCCUCCGAGUCACAUCCCUCCACCUCUCAAUUACCAAGUGCAUCACCAGGUGGCCCACAACGGACUCAAUAAUCUCAGCCGGAGCAGCAGUGCUAGCAGUGCAACAAGCAUCAGCCUCCCGAAACACCUUCCCCUCUCUCCCCAGAUUCCUCCGCACCAUUCCUCCGGCCCGGCUCUGCCCCUCUCCAUCUCUAAUCUUGCUACCUCGCACUUCUCUCUCAGAUCGCAGACCCAACACCAGCACCAUCCGGCCAUGUUCGCCACCCCACCCACGCUGCCACCUCCACCAGCGUUACCUACCAACAGCCUCGUGAUACCAGGUCACCCUGCGGAUACCAGCCUGUUGAUAUCAUUCAACCAACCAAUCAUGUAUUGCCAGCCUCAUUCGGGGAUUCUGAUUGGUACUUUGUCACAGGCAUCUCUCUUACCUCCACCAAUGAGUCCUCACGUAGAAAACCACCACAGCAUGACCUGCAGAAACAGGGAAUGCCAGGUGAAUAUUGACUCUUUCUCCUCCGUCUUUGUGGUACUCACAGGCCCACGGGCCUCUGUGUCUUUUUUUUUUCUCUCUCUCUCUCCUCUAGAUCACGAACUGCUCAGGCAAGAGCUGAACAACCGGUUUUUGGUUCAGAGUUCGGACCGGGCCGCUGCCUCACUUGGCCCGGUGCCGCUGCUGAGAGCGGAGUUUCACCAGCACCAACACACGCAUCAGCACCAACACACCCACCAGCACACAUUCACUCCUUUUCCAUCCAGCUUGCCCCAGACGCCGCUCAUGCCGCCCUCUGCACCUCCCAUGGUGCGUACCCCAGCCCAAAAUUUUGACAAGUACGCUCCCAAAUUAGACAACCCUUACUUUCGACAUUCCAACUUCUUUCCAACCUAUCCUCCAGCAAUGCCUGGAAUGCCACCCAUGCUUCCACAUUCAGGUCCCUUUGGGUCACUUCAGGGAGCAUUUCAACCGAAGACUUCAAACCCUAUUGAUGUAGCAGGUAGACCAGGCACAGUCCACCAUACGCUGCUGCAGAAGACUCCAGGGGUGUCAGACCCUUACAGGCCUCCAGUAAGAGUAAGUAAGAAACCCGGGAAGUGGUGUGCGGUUCAUGUACAGAUCGCCUGGCAGAUCUACCAUCACCAGCAAAAGAUAAAGCAAAUGCAGCUGGAUCCCCACAAGCUAGAGAUAGGUGGUAAACUUGACCUGUUCAGCAGACCUCCUGCCCCUGGAGUGUUUCCAGGCUUCCAUUAUCCACAGGAUCUUGCCAGGCCUCUGUUUUCUACCACAGGUGCGACACAUCCAGCCACCACCCCUUUUGGUCCUUCACCUCACCACAGCAGUUUCCUGCCUACUAACCACUUGGCAGAUCCAUUUAGCAGGUCAAGCACCUUCAGCGGCCUUGGGAACUUAGGCAGCAAUGCCUUUGGAGGAUUAGGCAGUCAUGCUCUGACUCACAACAACAUUUUUACUCACAAAGAUGGCCCAAACCUGCAGAAUUUCAAUAAUCCCCACGAGCCAUGGAAUAGACUCCAUCGGACCCCACCAUCCUUCCCAACGCCUCCACAGUGGCCCAAGCCCACCGAUUCUGAACGAAGCUCCUCAGUGACAAACCAUGACAGAGACAGGGAGCGGGAGCGAGAGCCUGAGAAGAGGGAUCUUUCUCUGAGUAAAGACGACAGAGACAAAGAAAGAGACCUCAUGGAUAAAAACAGACAUUCAAACAGAUCCUCACCGGCAUCGGCUCCAGUGACACAUCAGAUAAGCAAUCUCAUCCGCAGCAACAGCCAAACCUCCAGUGAUCCCAUCAGACAGGUUAGCCUCGGUGAAAGGGAAAGGUCCAAAGAACCCGAGCGAGAGCACCCUGACCGGCUGAGAGAGCCGCCCAUAGCAGAACACAAGAUUAAAGAGAGCCGUUCCCCAGUGAAGGAAACUCCAAGCCAUGAUAAGAGACCCUCUGAGGACAACACAAAGCCAGUAAUCCAGUCUGUAUCCCCAUACAGCAAACCUGCACUAAGUGAGAGCUUGAAGCUUACCAAUCUAAUGAGCAAGGACAUGGAGAGAAAGACAGACCUUCCCAGCGACCUCCAGAAGAUUAAGAAUGACAUCAAGGUCAAAGAGGAGAGGAAGGAAGACAGUGAUGUGCUGGUGGUAGGGUCUGAGCCUUCACAGCACUCCCGAUCAGUGGAGCAUCCCCCACCACCUACUUUGCAUGGAUUAUCAUUGCCUCACUCAAUGGCUGCCUCUAUGCCCAUCUCCAUGGGCAGCGUGCACCAGAUGAACAACAUGAAUGUUCUGGACCGCAGCAGAAUGAUGACCCCGCUCAUAGGCAUGAAUCCUUUGUCAGGAAGAGAGAGGCUGCCACAUCCUGGAUUCUCUUGGGACCCAAUGAGGGACCCAUUGCGAGAUGCCUACCGGAGCUUAGACCUGCACCGUCGAAUGGACUUUCAGCUCCGGACGGAUCCUAUCCAUAGGUUCCCUACCACCUCUGGAUUUUACGACCAUGAGCGUUCUUACAGAGACAGGGAGCCACACGACUAUAACCAUGAAAACCUUCUUGAAGCCCGCCGAGAGCAGGAGCGGUUGCGGCAAGUGGAGGAAAGAGAGCGCUUGCACUUACGGGAAGAACUUGAGCGUGCCAGAAUGCACCACUUGCACUCGUCCCCCAUCGAAAGUCACCUGGCACACGUGCCAUCCUUCAUGCCUCAUUUAAGCGGGAUGCAUUACCCCAGACUGAGUCCAUCCACUGCCAUGCACAAUGGGAUUUUAAAUAGGAACCCACCAACUGCAGCGCUGAGCGCCCCGCCACCUCUUGUACCAGCGAGCAGCACCAGACCUGCCUCCCCACGCAGGACUACUCCACUCACAAACUCAGAGUCCAGGGACUAUUCCCCCUCUAGGAACCCCAAAGAAGUAGAGGCACGAUAGUCCCCAACAUUGAAUUUUAAACUCGCCUGUAUAUAAAACAACCAACCAACAAACCAACAACAACAAAAAAAACAAACAGGAAAAAAAAAACAAAAAAACAAAAAACAAA